AAACUAGAGGAAGACAAAAAACGCCGUAUUCAGCUUUACGUUUUCGUAUCUCGGUGUAUUGCUCAUCCGUUUAACGCGAAACAACCAACUGAUAUGACCAGAAGACAUACGAAGCUCACUCCUCAUCAACUGGAAACUAUACAGGCUCGGUUUCAGGCCUUCCUCAAGGGUGAGACACAGAUCUUGGCGGACGAAGCAUUUCAAAACGCAGUUCAAUCAUACCACGAUGUUUUCCUAAAAUCAGAAAGAGUGGAACAGAUGGUGAAGUCAGGAGCGUGUUCUCAUCACGACUUCCGCGAAGUAUUCAGAAACAACAUCGAGAAGAGAGUCAGGUCUCUCCCUGAAAUAGACGGAUUAAGUAAAGAAACAGUUUUAUCAUCAUGGUUGGCCAAGUUUGAUUGUAUUAUGAAGGGCACAGGCAUACCGGGAGAUGAUGAGUCCAAAAGACCGUCUCGAGCACAGCAGCAAAGUCUCAAUGCUGAAUGCAUCCUUAGCAAAGAGCAGCUGUACGACAUGUUCCAGCAAAUUCUUGGAGUAAAGAAGUUCGAACAUCAACUUCUUUUCAACGCUCUUCUUUUGGACUCAGCAGACGAACAAGCUGCAGCUAUCAGAAGAGAACUGGAUGGAAGGAUGCAAAAAGUUAACGAAAUGGAAAAGAAUCGCAAGCUAAUGCCGAAGUUCGUGCUGAAAGAGAUGGAAUCACUGUACAUCGAAGAGUUGAAGUCUUCAAUCAACUUGCUGAUGGCUAACUUGGAGUCAUUGCCUGUCUCUAAAGGCGGCGCAGACUCCAAAUAUGGCCUCCAUAAAAUCAAGCGGUAUAAUCACAGAUCGCAAGGCUCGCUUGCCAACAAGUUGACGGGUGAGGCAGAUGGCGGUGACGUCGACACUCAACUCACGAAAAUGGAUGUUGUCCUAACGUUUCAAAUAGAGGUGGUUGUGAUGGAGGUGAAGGGUCUCAAGUCUUUAGCACCAAAUAGAAUAGUUUAUUGCACUAUGGAAGUGGAAGGUGGAGACAAACUUCAGACUGAUCAAGCAGAAGCCUCUAAACCUAUGUGGGACACACAAGGUGACUUCAGCACGACACAGCCGUUGCCUGCAGUCAAAGUGAAGCUUUAUACGGAAAACCCCGGAGUUCUGGCACUUGAAGACAAGGAGCUCGGCAAAGUAGUCCUUAGGCCGACACCUUUAUCUAGUAAAGUACCCGAAUGGCAUCGUAUGACAGUACCGAAGAAUCUACCAGAUCAAGAUUUAAGAAUCAAAAUUGCGUGCAGAAUGGACAAACCACUUAAUAUGAAGCAUUGUGGUUACCUUCACGUUAUCGGCAAAAAUGUUUGGCGUAAAUGGAAGCGAAGAUACAUGGUACUCGUACAAGUCAGCCAGUACACGUUUGCCUUAUGUUCAUACAAAGAUAAGAAAUCAGAACCGGCUGAAAUGAUGCAGUUAGACGGAUUCACUGUGGACUACAUUGAGCUUGCAAGCGCUCAGCUGAUCGUCGGACAAGGUAAGGCAAACAAGAAAACAAUAGAAUUGGAAGGUGCUAAAUACUUCAUGAAUGCUGUUCGAGAUGGUGAAUCAGUUCUAAUGGGAGUGACAGAUGAAAAUGAGUGUCAUCUAUGGGUCAUGGCGUUGUAUCGAGCUACAGGACAAAGUCAUAAACCGACGCCGCCAACUACUUCAGAUACGCACCAUAAAAUUAUGGGAGAUGCUGACAAAGCACGCAAACAUGGCAUGGAGGAUUACAUCCAAGCAGAUCCGUGCCAGUACGAUCAUCACCAGCUGUUCUGUGUGCUACAAUCUUUAACACUGAAGUAUCGUUUGCAAGAUCCAUAUUGUUCUCUGGGUUGGUUUUCUCCGGGCCAAGUAUUUGUCCUUGACGAGUAUUGUGCGAGAUAUGGCGUGAGAGGCUGUUUCAGACAUCUUUGCUACCUGUCAGACCUACUCGAUGUUGCUGAGAGCGGGUCACAAACCGUGGACCCCACACUAAUGCAUUACUCCUUCGCUUUCUGUGCCAGCCACGUCCAUGGUAACAGGCCGGACGGGGUAGGCAGCAUCACAGUGCAAGAGAAAGAAAAGUUUGCGGAGAUAAAGGAAAGAUUGAAGGCGUUGUUGCAGCAUCAGAUCACUAACUUUAGAUAUGCGUUCCCAUUUGGACGGCCCGAGGGAGCGCUUAAGGCCACACUAUCUCUCCUUGAAAGAGUGUUGAUGAAGGACGUGGUAACUCCAGUUGCGCCAGAAGAGGUCAGAGCUAUGAUACAGACCAGUUUGGAGAAUGCAGCCUUGUUGAACUAUACACAGCUUAGUCAGAAAGCUAAUAUCGAAGAGGAUCUAAGAGGAGAAACAAUGGUUACACCAGCGAAAAAAUUAGAAGAUCUCAUACAUUUAGCAGAACUGUGCGUAGAUCUGCUUCAACAAAAUGAAGAACAUUAUGCAGAGGCCUUCGCGUGGUUUUCUGAGCUGUUGGUUGAGCAUGCUGAAAUCUUCUGGGCGUUAUUCGGAGUAGACAUGGACAGGGUGCUAGCUGAACAGCCCCCAGACACCUGGGAUUCCUUUCCUUUAUUCCAAAUCCUUAACGAUUAUUUGAGAAGUGAUGCUCCUUUUGUCUCAUCGCCAGAAAAUCUAAAAGGUGGCAGGUUUCAUGAGCAUCUACGGGACACAUUUGCUCCCCUUGUUGUGAGAUAUGUGGACUUGAUGGAGUCCUCUAUAGCACAGUCCCUUCACAAAGGUUUCGAGAAGGAAAGGUGGGAGAUCAAAGGUAACGGCUGUUCUACAAGCGAGGAGCUGUUCUGGAAGCUGGAUGCAUUGCAGUGCUUCAUUAGGGACCUCCACUGGCCGGAGCCGGAGUUCCGGUCGCACCUUGAGCAGAGGUUGAAGCUGAUGGCGUGCGACAUGAUGGAGACAUGCAUACAAAGGACCGAGGCAUCGUUCCAGUCGUGGCUGAAGAAGAGUGUCACCUUCAUGUCGACGGACUACAUCCUGCCGGCGGAGACGUGCGCCAUGGUCAACGUGGCUUUGGACGCUAAGAACCAGGCACUGAAGUUAUGCGCAGUUGAAGGGGUAGAUAUUUACCAGUAUCACACCAAGAUGGACGCGCAGAUUGAAGCCUGUCUCCAAGGCAUGGCAUCCGGGAUGACCACGAGAUUAUCUGCAGUGCUUGAAGCGACGCUUGCUAAGAUCGCGAGGUUUGAUGAAGGAAGCUUGAUCGGCUCCAUCCUGACAAUAGCCAACGUAUCAGGAUCAGGCAAGGACAUCGGCCAGGGUUACGUCAACUUCAUGAGGAACUCUAUGGAUCAAAUAAGAUCGAAGGUUACAGAUGAGCUAUGGAUCCUUCAGCUGUUUGAACAAUGGUACGGGAUACAGGUGGGACUGAUCAACACUUGGCUGGCUGAGAGGCCUGCACUACAUCCACAGCAAGUCGCCUGCCUUUCUAUCAUUUUGAAGAAAAUGUACAGCGAUUUCGAACUGCAAGGCGUGAUCGAUGACAAGUUAAACUCGAAAAUAUAUCAAAAUGUGGCAGCGAGGAUGCACACGGAAGAGGCUACAUGCAGUUUGCUGCUUACACAACAAGAUGCUGGAGGCGGCGAUGACGGUGGUUCAGAGGAAGGUUCCAGGAGUGGCAAGUCGAAACUUGAAGCUCUCACUGAGGAAGCCAAGCUUGGAAAUGUUACUGCUGUUGUUGGAAAGGUUGGCAACAUCUUCGGUCGUGGUAUUGGAGAACUGUCAACGAAGCUUGGCGGCGCAUCGUCCUGGUUUUAAAUACAAUAAAUAUGUCAUAAAUAACAUUUCUUUGCCUACGUCGAUGUGAGAUGAAAUUACAAAGCUUUUUGUUAAUGCAUUAAGAUUAGAAUACAAGAAAAUAGGUGCCUAUAAUAAUAUUAAAUACAUAAUUUUUAUCAUAGUACAGUCUAAGAUUCAGCAGUAACUUACAAAUUAAAUCAAUCUCAUUUUAUUUUAAAAAGAUUUUUAGCUAAAAUAUUUUAGUAAACAUAUUGCUUAAACUUAAAAUAGGUCUAUGAUUCAUGGAUUAACAAAAAGCCUCACCUAUUCUGUGAUGAUGAUAAAACAAUCGUUUGCAUUCGAUAAAUAGAAUGUACGCCAUUUUGAAUUAUAUAAAUCACAUCAAGAUGGCGUCUUAUGCGCUAGGUGUUAAUCAUAAGUGGCCAGUUAAUCAUAGCUUAGUGUGAUUAUAGUAUAAACGAGGAUUAGGUUUUGUUUUAUAUAAAAGGCUUUAUGUACAGUUAGGGGAUCAUUAUUCGUUUAUUGGAAGCAAAUAAAAAAUGUAUUACGUACGUGUGUAUAUUAAGAGUAGUAUUUGAUAAACACGAUUCGAAAAAAAUAUAAUAUAUUAAAUUAUUACGAACGCAUACAUACACAAAAUGCUACAAUAAGAAGACAUAUCGCUUUGGCAAAAGUUAUAUUCUGUUAUAUUUAACGCGAUGUAUUGUAAUUAUUUACAAAAUUAUAUGUACUUAAAAAAAUAUUAAAACAAUGGGGGGCGGGUUGUGAGUGUGUGAAAGUAAGGAAUCCUUUCUCGAUUUAUCAAAGUUACGUUUUGUAUAUCUUUUAGGAGUUGUUAUUAUCUUCAAAGUGACUUUACUACAUAGUUUCCUGCAAAGUCUUAUAUAUUUUAUUCACAUAUUUCAUUCUAUUUACGAGUGACAAGCACGCUAACAUUAACAGCAGAGCAACGUUUUCAAUGCAACUCUUUCUAUACCUAAGAAACAGUAUUUUUCUAAUCAACAAAUCCACUUUUUAAAACAUCGGUUUGAUCUCUUUAAUAAAUCUACAAUGCAUUUUUAUAAAAUACAAAAUAGGCGCGAUACAGCUUAUUUAUUUUUCGAAUUCAAAUAUUGCAAGUAAAAAUAAAACUCCCCGCUUUUUGGGUAAAACUUGUUUUUUAUAAGAAUGCAUCUUUAAAUUUACAACUUAGCCACUUUUCGCUAUAGUAUAUUUAUCUAUAUUUUAAAAGCUCUCUAGAUCUAAUGAAAAUCUAGCGACACUUUACCUUGAUUAGUCGUCAAAAUAAUACAUAACUAUUUACUAAAAAAUACUAUUAAUAGUUAUAUUUGUUAACAAAAUAAUAUUCUUCUACGCUAAACACCUUACAAAUUUUUGAACUAGGAGAAAAUUUAAAGUUCUUAGAUGAAAGUUUAAUGAUUAAUAUAGCGGUUAGUCGCUAUGCUGAUUCGCCUUACUAAUGUCUUGUUCGGAACGGCUUGGAAAAUAGAAUACUUGUCUUACUUUAUUCUAAGUACUACUAAAACUAUUUAUUCUCACUUGAUUUGUUCUUUCUAUCAUUAUUUUGUUCAUUGUUGGUUCAAAAUUAAGCUUGGAAGCUUCGAAAUUAUAUAAAUAAGGAUAAAAUUACAAAAUGCGUGUUCUAAAUCAGAUUAGUAGGCUCGUCGAGUUAUUGAAAGUAUAUUAGAGAUUGAUAAAAUCGCAGUAUAAUGAAAUAUUGAGAUAUUGACUGUGAAUCCUAAAGUCCUGCACCGAACGACUUGGUAUAGAGUUGAAUGUAGUUAUUCCCAAUAUUUUAUCAUAACACGAAAUUAUAUAAACACUUUAAAUAGAACUGUAUCGGCACAGUAAACAUGUAACGAUAGUAGUGCUCAUAUAUUGAAUGUAAGGAAUAAUCGAAUCGAUAUAUUAACCAAUGUUACAUCUCUAUUUUCAUUUGUUAAUCCCAAUUUGUUGAUUUAUGUAAGUACAACUACAAUUUAUAACUUUUAUAAUUAAAAUCCAGUACCAUGUAGAUCUACCAACGAAACCUACAAAACCAAACAAAUCGAAAAGUUACAUAAAUUGAAACUGUUAAAGUGUACUGGACAUGUUAAAUUCUCUUUGAGUUUUUCUGUAUUAAGUUGGUAAAGAGGUCAAUAGAAUGAAAAUGUCAGUUUUGUAGUGUCUAAGUGCAUUAUAAGAGGCGACUGAAGAUGUAACUGCGUAGUAACAAGCUUGUAUUAUUUCGCCAUGUUGGAAACUCGCAAUGAAUCCAUUAUAUCACUAUAAAACGUGCCUAUUUCAAACUACCUACUUACAUUAAAACAGCCGAUAGCUUCGUAAGGACAACAUUGCGAGUUUUCAAAAGCUUUGAAAAGCCAUUGAGUGCAUCGCGUGUGUAAGGGGAUAACAAUAAAAAAUAUUUACAAUAAAAAUGUUUACUGUUCCUUUGCUC